GGGAAGAGUAGGAAGGUGGGCGUGGAAAUUGGCGAACGGAGGCUCAGGAGGCCGGCAGUUCCCACGGAGGAGCAAGACACUGGUUGGCCUUCAAAAUAAAAGUUAUCGUAGCAGCCAAGGUGCACAGGGCCUGGAAGACCCAGGAUGGACUUGUGUCUGUCGCACAGAUCGCCGCAGGAGUCGUGAGGUGCCCUGUGUGUCACCAGUUUGACCCGGGGCCCAUUGCCUGUCAUCAUCCUGUGCCACAGUGAGGAGCAAAAUUGGCUUUUUGAAGAGAAGGUGGUUCCUCCUCGCGGGCACUGGGCUCUCACUGCAGCUUUGACUGCCCCACAUGCCUCCUCCCAGAACGAAGGAGGGCGGGGAUGACCGAGGCCGACACUGGGAUCCCAGUGAGGAGGACGCCCCUGAGAAAUGGGACUGGAAUUGUCCGGAGACCCGUCGCCUCUUUGAGGACGCCUUUUUCCGUGAUGAGGAUUAUAUACCCCAGGGUUCUGAGGAGCGCAAGAAGUUCUGGACCUUCUUUGAACGCUUACAGAGAUUCCAGAACCUCAAGAGCACCAGGAAGGGGGACAAAGACCCUGGGUGUCCCAAGCACAGCAUCCCGGCGCUGGCCGACCUGCCUCGCGCUUACGACCCCCGUUACCGCAUCAGCCUCUCGGUCCGGGGCCCCGACGCCCGGGGCUCUCGGGGGCUGGACAGACAGCCCCCGGAGAGGGUGUCCGAGUUCCGCCGAGCCCUUCUGCACUACCUGGACUUUGGCCAGAAGCAGGCGUUUGGACGACUGGCCAGACUGCAGAGGGAACGGGCGGCCCUCCCCAUCGCCCAGUACGGGACCCGCAUCCUGCAGACACUGAAGGAACACCAGGUGGUGGUGGUGGCGGGUGACACGGGCUGUGGCAAGUCCACCCAGGUGCCCCAGUACCUGCUGGCCGCCGGCUUCAGUCACGUGGCAUGCACCCAGCCCCGGCGUAUCGCCUGCAUCUCCCUGGCCAAGCGCGUCAGCUUCGAGAGCCUCAGUCAGUAUGGCUCACGGGUCGGCUACCAGAUCCGCUUUGAGAGCACACGGACGGCAGCCACCAAGAUCGUGUUCCUGACGGUGGGGCUGCUCCUGAGGCAGAUCCAGCGGGAGCCCCGCCUGCCCCAGUACCAGGUCCUGAUCGUGGACGAAGUCCACGAACGCCACCUGCACAACGACUUCCUGCUGGGCGUUCUCCGGCGCCUGCUGCCUGAGCGGCCUGACCUCAAGGUCAUCCUCAUGUCGGCCACCAUCAACAUCUCGCUCUUCUCCAGCUACUUCGGCGGGGCCCCCGUGGUGCAGGUGCCCGGGAGGCUGUUCCCCAUCACGGUCGUGUACCAGCCACAGGAGGCCGAGCCGCCGGCGUCCAAGUCGGAGAAGCUGGACCCUCGGCCUUUCCUGAGGGUGCUGGAGGCCAUCGACAAUAAGUACCCGCCGGAGGAGCGGGGCGACCUCCUGGUCUUCCUGAGCGGCAUGGCGGAGAUCAGCGUGGUGCUCGAGGCGGCCCAGGCCUAUGCCAGCCGCACCCAGCGCUGGGUGGUUCUGCCGCUGCACAGCGCCCUCUCCGUGGCCGACCAGGACAAGGUGUUCGAUGUGGCCCCCCCUGGGGUUCGGAAAUGCAUCCUCUCCACCAACAUCGCUGAGACCUCAGUCACCAUUGAUGGGAUCCGCUUCGUAGUAGAUUCUGGGAAGGUGAAGGAGAUGGGCUAUGACCCACAGGCCAAGUUGCAGCGGCUGCAGGAAUUCUGGAUCAGCCAGGCCAGUGCCGAGCAGCGGAAGGGCCGGGCGGGCCGCACAGGCCCCGGCGUCUGCUUCCGCCUCUAUGCUGAAUCGGACUACGAUGCCUUCGCCCCCUACCCCGUCCCGGAGAUUCGGAGGGUGGCCCUCGACGCGCUGGUGCUGCAGAUGAAAAGCAUGUGCGUGGGGGACCCGCGAACCUUCCCCUUCAUCGAGCCUCCGCCACCAGCCAGCCUGGAAACGGCCAUCCUCUACCUCCGGGACCAGGGGGCCCUGGACAGCUCAGAGGCCCUCACCCCUAUCGGCUCUCUGCUGGCCCAGCUUCCGGUGGACGUGGUGAUCGGGAAGAUGUUGAUCCUCGGUUCCAUGUUCCACCUGGCGGAGCCCGUGCUCACCAUCGCAGCUGCCCUCAGUGUCCAGUCGCCCUUUACCCGCAGCGCCCAGAGCAACCCCGAGGGUGCGGCCGCGCGGAGGCCCCUGGACAGUGACCACGGUGACCCCUUCACGCUCUUCAAUGUCUUCAACACCUGGGUGCAGGUGAAAUCCGAACGGAGCAGGAGCUCACGCAAGUGGUGCCGCCACCGGUGCAUAGAGGAGCAUCGGCUGUACGAGAUGGCCAACGUACGGCGCCAGUUCAAGGAGCUGCUGGAGGACCACGGGCUGCUGGCCAGGGCCCGGGCCCCGAAGCCGGGGGACGGCUACAGCCGGCUGCGGCAGCGCCGGGAGCGCCGGGCACUGUACCAGCUGAAGCGCCGGCACGAGGAGGGCGGGGGACACAGGCGCAAGGUGCUGCGGCUGCAGGAGGACCCGGGCGGCUGCUCCAGCGAAGAGGACCCGGGGGCCGGCGACAGCGUGGACAUCCAGGAUGUGAAGUUUAAGCUGCGGCACAGCCUGGAUCAGCUGCAGGCGGCCACCACCUCGGCCCAGGACCUGACGCGGGACCAGGUGGCCCUGCUCAAGCUGGUGCUGGGCCGGGGCCUCUACCCCCAGCUUGCAGUCCCGGACCCGUUCAACAGCAGCCGCAAGGACUCGGACCAGAUUUUCCACACCCAGUCCAAGCAGGGCACCGUGCCGCACCCCACUUCCGUCUUUGCCAGCAGCCCGGAGGUUCUGCACACGCAGGAGCAAGAGGCCGGGGGCGGUGAAGGGAGCCGAGACGACAAGGACAAGCUGAGCAGCAGGCACCAGCUCCUCGCCUUCGUCUCCCUGCUGGAGACCAACAAGGCCUACCUGGUGAACUGCGUCCGCAUCCCCGCGCUCCAGUCUCUCUUGCUGUUCAGCCGGUCCCUGGACACCAACGGUGACUGCUCGCGCCUGGUGGCUGACGGUUGGCUGGAGCUCCAGCUUGCGGACAGUGAGAGUGCCGUCCGGCUUCUGGCGGCUUCCGUGCGGCUCCGUGCCCGCUGGGAAAGUGCCCUGGACCGGCAGCUGGCGCGUCAGGCCCAGCAGCGGCGGCCGGAGGUGGACCAAGAAGAGGAGGAGGAGGAGGAUCCGGUCGCCCGCAAGGAGGUGGCCGACCUGAGCAGGGAGCUGCUGAAGUUCACGGCCUCCAAGGUCCCCUACAGCCUCCGGCGGCUCACGGGGCUGGAAGUCCAGAACCUCUAUGUGGGACCCCAGACCAUCACAGCCAUGCCCAGUCUUCCUGGCCUCUUUGGUAGCUCUGCCUUGUCCCCUCACCCCACCAAAGGGGGCUACGCAGUCACUGACUUCCUCACCUACAACUGCCUCACGAGCGACACGGACCUGUACAGCGACUGUCUCCGCACCUUCUGGACCUGCCCCCACUGCGGCCUGCACGUGCCCCUGACGCCCUUGGAGCGCAUUGCGCACGAGAACACUUGCCCCGAGGCCCCACAGGACGGUCCCCCAGGGGCUGAGGAGGCCGCCCCCGAGCCCCUCCAGAAGGCGUCCGUCCUGCAGAAGCCCUACCACUGCGCGGUCUGCCAGAAGGACUUCCUGUUCACACCCACGGAGGUUCUGCGGCACCGGCGGCAGCACGUAUUGGCCCAGAUCAAAAAGAUCGACGAUGCUCACUGCUGGCUAGGAUGUGCGCGAACGGGAACUUGCAGCCGCCUGGAGGGGAAUUCAUACAACCUCGAUCUCGCAGCAUCUUUCAAAAUGCAAGGGGAUCCAUCUAUCAAGACCGACUGAGUCAUCACUUAAGAAAGGACUGGUCCUUUGAGGAAAAGUAGAGGCUUCCAAUGGAUGGGCAGAGCCUGGAAGAAGCGAAUUCGGCUAAGAAAAGGUGGGCAUCUGGAAAUCUACAAUUGUCUCCCCAGCUCCACUGUUAUGCGA